AUGGAAGACGAAAGGCAAUCAUUUCUAUCAAAACACAGAGCAAUCUCAGGCUACAUAGCCCACGAAGGACUUGAAUUGAAGAACUUCGAUGCAUGCCUCAAAUGGGUUUUCGUGGAUCAGUCCAAUGUAUGGAGGACUGGUAUUUCAUGGUCCAUCUUCUUCGUUUUAGCCAUUGGCGUGCCGCUUGUCUCACACUUUCUCCUCUCCUGCUCCGACUGCGAUGAAAAUCACAGCAGGCCUUACCAUAUAGUUUCUCAGUUAUCACUUUCUUUAUUCUCAGUGCUCGCAUUCAUCAGCCUCUCCUGCUGGACCCGCAAAUAUGGUUUGAGGAGGUUUCUCUUCCUUGACAAAUUAUAUGACGCAAGUGAGAAGGUUCGCCAUGGAUAUAAACAACAGUUUCAGAAUUCAAUGAAGCUCCUCUGCAUGAUCGUGUUCCCCUGUUUUGCAGCAGAGUGUCUCUACAAGAUAUGGUGGUAUGUCUCGGGAGCAACCGAAUUACCGUAUUAUGGGAACAUCUAUUUAAGCAACACGAUUUUGUGUACGUUGGAGCUGUGUUCAUGGCUUUAUCGAACCACAAUUUUCUUCCUGGUGUGCGUUCUGUUCCGGCUAAUUUGCCAUCUUCAAAUACUGAGACUAGAAAAUUUUGCCCAAGUUUUUCAAAAGGAGACCGAGGUUGAGUUAAUCUUGAUGGAGCACCUCAAGAUCAGAAGGAACCUUCGGCUGAUGAGCCAUAGGUUUCGAUUAUUCAUCUUGCUCUCUCUAAUUAUGGUCACAGCAAGUCAGCUCAUUUCUCUGGUCAUGGUUACUAGGUCUAGUGCUCAUGUUAAUAUCUUCAAGGCUGGAGAGCUUGCGUUAUGUUCCAUUAGCCUAGUUAUUAGUCUUUUCAUUUGCCUGCGAAGUGCAACAAAAAUAACACACAAAGCACAGUCGAUAACGGGGCUUGCUGCAAAGUGGCAUGUCUGCGCCACAAUACAGUCUUUUGAUUACACGGAAAGUGAGACUCCAAUGGCUCCGAUUUCUUCAGCUCAAGUGUUUCCUUUUGGUGCUGAUAUUGAAUCAGAAGAUGACGAAGCUGCAGAAGAUGACGAUUUGGACAACACCAGGCUGGUGCCAAUUUACACUCAAACAAUCUCAUUCCAGAAAAGACAAGCUCUAGUGAAAUAUCUGGAGAAUAAUAGAGCAGGGAUCACAGUGUUUGGGUUCACGGUGGAUAGAAUGUGGCUUCACUCUAUUUUUGCAAUUCAACUGGCCCUUCUGCUCUGGCUGCUCAACAAGACAAUUGGGUAGUUAACAUUGUAAGCACCGAGUAUAAUACCUAGCAAUGUAGAUUUUGGUGAGUGAAAUUUUCUAAUGAAAAUGGUACAACAGUAAGGCUCCUGGAAAAUGUCUUGACAUGCAACAGUAACUCUCAGUCUCAUUCAAAAAAGCCUCCACAGCUGAAAACACAUUUGGUGCUGAUGGG